CCAACCAUAAAAUGAUUUUCGUUGCUACUUCGUAACUGUAAUUUUGCUACUGUUAUGAACUGUAAUGUAAAUAUCUGAUAUGCAGGAUGUAUUCAGGUGACCCCUGUGAAAGGGUCGUUCGACCCCCAAAGGGGUCGCAACACACAGGUUGAGAACCACUGGCUUACAAGAGUGCUGUAACUGGUCUGACCUUCCAUCCAGACCACUCGAUCUUUAUAUCAGCAAUAAGGCUAUUUCACUUUCUUAUCACUCAUGUGUCCCCAGAACAGUACUUUUAAUUUCCUUCAAGAUCUUUUCCUUUACAUUCAAAACUUGGCUGUUUGGGUGUCUGGCUCCCGCUCUCACAGCCAUUGCAGUACAUUGAGCUCCAUAGAGACAGCGCCAGGGCAAGUGAGAGCCGGACGGGCACUGGGUGACUCUGUGCCUCGCUGAGGAAAAAUAACUAAACAUGGGCAAAGGAGAUCCUAAGAAGCCGAGAGGCAAAAUGUCAUCAUAUGCAUUCUUUGUGCAAACUUGUGGGGAGGAGCACAAGAAGAAGCACCCAGAUGCUUCAGUCAACUUCUCAGAGUUUUCUAAGAAGUGCUCAGAGAGGGGGAAGACCAUGUCUGCUAAAGAGAAAGGAAAAUUUGAAGAUACGGCAAAGGCAGACAAGGCCCGUUAUGAAAGAGAAAUGAAAACCUAUAUCCCUCCUAAAGGGGAAACAAAAAAGAAGUUCAAGGAUCCCAAUGCACCCAAGAGGCCUCCGUCGGCCUUUUUCUUCUUCUGUUCUGAGUAUCGCCCAAAAAUCAAAGGAGAACAUCCCGGCCUAUCCAUUGGUGAUGUUGCAAAGAAGCUGGGGGAGAUGUGGAAUAACACUGCUGCGGAUGACAAGCAGCCUGAUGAAAAGACGGCUGCAAAGCUGAAGGAAAAAUACGAAAAGGAUAUUGCUGCAGACCGAGCUAAAGGAAAGCCUGAUGCAGCGAAAAAGGGAGUAGUCAAGGCUGAAAAAAGCAAGAAAAAGAAGGAAGAGGAGGAAGAUGAGGAAGACGAAGAGGAUGAAGAGGAGGAGGAAGAUGAAGAUGAAGAUGAUGAUGAUGAAUAAGUUGGUUCUAGCGCAGUUUUUUUUUCUUGUCUAUAAAGCAUUUAACCCUCCUGCACACAACUCACUCCUUUUAAAGAAAAAAAUUGAAAUGUAAGGCUGUGUAAGAUUUGUUUUUAAACUGUACAGUGUCUUUUUUUGUAUAGUUAACACACUACCGAAUGUGUCUUUAGAUAGCCCUGUCCUGGUGGUAUUUUCAAUAGCCACUAACCUUGCCUGGUACAGUAUGGGGGUUGUAAAUUGGCAUGGAAAUUUAAAGCAGGUUCUUGUUGGUGCACAGCACAAAUUAGUUAUAUAUGGGGAUGGUAGUUUUUUCAUCUUCAGUUGUCUCUGAUGCAGCUUAUAUGAAAUAAUUGUUGUUCUGUUAACUGAAUACCACUCUGUAAUUGCAAAAAAAAAGUUGCAGCUGUUUUGUUGACAUUCUGAAUGCUUCUAAGUAAAUACA